CUUUCUCCUCGCUAGGAUCACUUCCGGGAAUAAUUUCCCUGCCUCUCCUCCCGAUUUGACUACUAUGUGCUAAACCGUCAGUUCCUUCUUUCCCGUCCGCUCAGUCCUUCGAGGGGUCUCAACGCAAAGCUCGAGUUCUAUGACCCCGGGCAACUUCACAUUCGUCGGCAACUUCGAUCCCUACCGAAACCCCUCUCCCCGAACAUUCCUGACGACUCGCAAAAAUCUCGAAAAAUCUACGAGAGGGUUGCCUGGCAGCUUUGCAAUUGUAUGGUUGCUGGGAUCACAAAGUUGCUGACAUGAGUUGGGAUCACCCUGUUCACAGCUUCAGCUAUCCAAACGGUGAACCUCAGACCCCAACGAGGACUCCUCCAACGAACACAAUCUUCGGUGACUCGGCCUUUCAAACCCCCAAACUCGAGUCCAGCUUCUUCGAUCCCCGAGUCACUUGGGACACCUCCGAUCCCUAUGCCUCCAGUCCGGAAUUCCUCCGGACACCCCAGAAAUUCGGUAUAAGCACCCCUUCAAUCAAUCCUCUCCGAUUGCCAGACACUGGGCCCGACCGACCGUUAGAUGCAGACUCCAUCUUGAGGAGCGUCAAAGCGGCGGAGCAGGACACAGAUACAGCGAAACGACGCCGGCCGUCCAAAGCCAAUGGGUUUUUCGGGGAGGAGGGUCCGCGAACGGUAGACUCAGCCAAGUCUGCCGCCACCAUACAGACACCCCCGCCAAGCAGCGCUUCUCGAAAGAAGAUGACCGAGUAUGGCGAGGGCAAGGGCACUGGGCGACGUACCUCCGCCUCCAGUGCGGUGGGCGGUCAUCUGGAGACUCCUAGCCGGAUAAUGGGUGCCUCGCCUCAGUUGUUCAAUUUCACCUCCUCCCCAGAUCCGUUUCAGCUGGGAUCGAUGAACCCCUCCGCAUCCCCUCUAUUUCCGCAGCAGAGACUUUUCUGGGAUCAUGACUUGGAAAAUCAUGGGGUAGGAAUGGGUCUUUCGACCAGCGGUGUCGAUCUAUUCGCUCCGCAAACCAGUGGCCCCUUCCAGCUCAACCCUCCACCUCUGCAGGAUGCCCAUAUCCCUCAGUUGCCCACCAUCGAGGGUAGUAUGGAACUUCCAGAGUUCAAUACCAACGGCUAUAACAUGUCGUCAACCACCACGACCGACGCCGCACUGUUCCCUGCCCCAUUCUCUACUUCUCCCCGUCUACCUAUCACCAAGGCUGAGGAUCCAGCCAUGUUUCUCAGUUCUCCAGCACGUCGUUUUGGGGGACCCCAGCCGACUCCUGAGAAGAGGCUCUUUGGCCGGCCUACCCGACAGCCCUACCAUCAUCAGACCGAGGAGUCGAAGCGGGAAGAACUCCGUCGGGCACAGAGUGUACACCACCCGCUCGCCGCGUUCGGUCACGAAGAGGACGAUGACUACACUCCUCGACAGGCCCGGCCGACGCUGACCCGUAGUGUCACUCACACGGCUAUCACGUCUUCUCGCCCCGGUGCUGGGAGUACGAUGUCUUUGACAAAUGGCAUUCGCAAAAGCCCAUCGAAGGGCCGCCUAUCGCCUGUUAAAUCUAUGCGCCAGUCGAUGCCCCGCUCAACGUCUGCGGCCAGUGUACCUACACGUUCUCAGUCAGUGGUUCUCCGGAUCGGACGCGAUGGUCGAGCCAAGACCGAAAUGCAGCCCGUGCAAGAGGCAGCGACUGGACUGACAGAUCCCAUCACCGCCAUGGAUCUGGAAGGCUCCACAACAGAGAGCGAGUAUGACUCAGUCGAUUGCUCUGAAUACCCGAUCAUCCCUAGUCGCAACCCCUCACUCGCAUUCUCAGAUGCUGGAAGGUCAGUGACGGGCCGUAGUGACUCGGAUUCACGGCCUCACUCGAAGGGCUCCUACACCUCGACGGCAGCAUCGUCCCAGUCGGGACGGAUGUCCCCGUGGAAUGGAUCUACUCGCGGAUUUUCCCGCCGACCCCAGUACAAGCCCACUCUGGAUGACUGGAAACGGACACCGAAAAGACAGACUGGCAUGCUUCACUCGGAUCUGUCUUAUCUGAGUGCCGGGUCGCUGGGGGAGCCCUUCGAUGACGUCGAUGAGGACAGUGGCGAUGCUCAGCAUGCCCUCCGGAAGGUGUUGCAAGAGCGUGGACGUCCGCUUCGGCCUCACACUGUCAGCUACAGCUCGCGGAUAGGUCGUGCCAAUCGUUCUCUGGCUCACCUUCGGUCGUCCCCGCCGCGAUUUGGAGCCGAACUGGAUCUCGCUACACGGACGAUGAACACGUCUCCUACAACGAUGACGGACCCUGACAUUGCAACACCGAUCACCGAUCGGUUCAGUAACCCCAGCCGGGGAACCAGGUGUGUCUGCAAUUCCAUGGACAACGGUGGUCACCUGAUGAUCCAAUGUGAAUCAUGCAGUCACUGGUUGCAUACCAAGUGUGUUGGACUUGAACGGGCCAAUCUCCCCUCUGUUUAUGUCUGCGUCUUCUGCGUUGCACAGACUCCCACCCGGAAGAAUAAUCGUGUUCGAGUUCCUGUUGGCGGAGUCGGCCAUGGCCAUGGCCCCCCCUCACCCUUGGCCCAUAAGUCCUAUCGGUUCCGUUGAAAUGCCAUGAGCUCGGACACGCUGGUACGACUUGCUUUCUUACUCCUCGACAUCCGCCUACCUUCAAUACCCUUUGUCUCACGCUAGCAU